AUGUCAUCUCAGUUAAUCAAAUCCCAGAGAGAGAAUGCCGAGAUUUACCAUGGAGAAGAUCUCUGCAGGCAGAAAUUUCACGAACUGCUGGAAUAUUUUUCUCUCCCUCGUGGCAUCUUACCCUUAGAUAUCACUGAAUUCGGCUAUAACCAAUCCACUGGAUUUUUUUGGCUCAAGCAGAAGAACAAGAAAGCACACAAGUUUCACCUCAUUAACAGGACUCUCCAUUAUGAUACUGAAGUCACAGCUUUUAUUGAGAAGGGUCGGGUGAGAAAUAUAACUGGCGUCAAGGGCAAGGAGCUUUGCGCUUGGUUUCACCUUGCUACCAUCCACAUCAAAGAUCCUUCUUCUGGCAAGGUUGAGCUUGCGAUUGCCAGUGGUCUGGGGAACUCAUUCCCAGUUAGAGCUUUUGAGCUCGAGGAUGAUAAGGAUGAUCGCCAGAAUAACAGAAACUAA